AUGGCGCCAAACCUGGGCGACGAGGCAGAUGGCAAAAAGCUAGGGUUGGCAAAGAAGAACCGAGUUCAAGAUGACGACUCAAAUCACCUCAGUUUAUCUACAAAACCCCGCCCCAGGCCACUCACCCCACCACUUCCGGAGAAUGAAGACCUCAAAGUGUCGACUAGUCGUGGAUGGCGACUAUCACUUUCAAAACGACGCGAGCAACAAUCUACUCUCCAACAAGCCCAGUCUCCUCUGUUCGAAUGUCUACCCACUGAAGUCCGACUUCUCAUUUGGGAACAUUAUCUAUGUAGCCGGAUGCUGCAUAUUAUACGACCGGACCAGCACAAAUGGAAACGAUCCCGUAAAGAAAUUGUCGGGAUUUUAUGCAGCGAGCCUCGCAAUUUCUGUCCAUGCAGUCAUCAUUGUUGGGGAUUGCUUGCUCGUCGGCCCGGGGGAAACUGCAUCACACCCAUGAACUACGGAUCAUAUUACCACGAGAACUCCGAGUGGAAAUUUGACACGAGAAGAGCGGAUUUUGUGCCUCUUUUACAAACCUGUCGAAGACUAUACUCCGAGGUUAUUGAUAUGAUCUUCCAAAAGAACACUUUCCUCUUUAACCACACAGAUACGAUUAUUGAUUUUUCGCGUACACUUCUACCACAGCGCUUAAGCAUGAUUCGCACUCUGCAGCUCAGCUUUCCGGAUCCUGGUGGUCUAAGUUGGAAUAAAUGCUGUCAGAUUCUCGCUACCAAGCUGCCUGGCCUGAAGAAAUUGACUAUCCAUUUAUAUCCCCACGUAACAAACCGUCUGGACGAUUGGCUUAUCCCGCUGCAUCAGAUUCGACAACCCACCGUCUUCGAGGUCUUGCUGAUCAAGCCGUGGUAUCUGGAUCCACAAUGGGAGAAGUCAACUGGGCUUGUUGAUGCACCUUUUCGAUUUGAGAUUACUUAUGUGGAGAGGCGAAGCUUGUUGAAGGACAACGAGUACCACUGA